CCCGCCGCGUCUUUAACAUCAACCUUAGGAAGACUGCACUGGACCUGUAUCUCCCUAAAAUCGACUCUCCUAGCUAACGAUGCCACCUAAAAAGAAAGGGGAAAGCUCCGCAGGCGGUGGCAAGGGCAAAGGAAAGGACACCAGCACCGACAAAGCAAAAGAGAAGGGUGGAAGCAGCUCCGGGAAGCUCAAGCCAGCCACGAGCAUCAACGUGCGGCACAUCCUUUGUGAGAAGCACGGGAAGAAGGAAGAGGCGGCUACAAAACUAAGAGAGGGCGUCAAGUUUGAUGAGGUUGCAAGAGAAUUUAGCGAGGACAAGGCUCGUCAAGGUGGCUCCCUUGGCUGGAAAACCCGCGGCAGCUUACUUGCAGACUUCGAGAAGGCUGCGUACGAGCUGGAGCCGAGCACUACGGCGAAUCCAAAAUGGGCAGAAGUGAAGACGAGUGAGGGCUAUCACAUCAUAAUGGUGGAGGGUCGGAAAUGAGCAAAGCAACGGUGUGUAGCUGCGCAUUGGACAGACAUAUCCACUGGGUCAUCACGGAGCUCAUGAAUACAAUUGAGUCUGGCCUGAUCACGACUGUUUGGACCAGUCUACGAGGAUCUUUAUGAAGCUAACGAAUCAAGAAUCAUGCACCAGAUCGGUCAAGCUGUCUUCAUCUACUAUUCCAAACCGUGUUGGAGUUGUUUCUACUAUUCGAGAUCUACUACUCGAGACGACACAGCAUGAGACACAUCGAGCGACUAACGAGGUUAGCUUCUGCUAACUACCCGUUUACCAGGGAGAUCCUUCGCCUGGAAC